AUGAUCCACAGCUGUCCACCCCUCCCUCGGACAAGCAACUUCGGAAGCGAAUCACCGUGCCCUUUGUGGACUAUGUGGAUGAGAAGGUGCUGGAUGUCCAGACGCAGGAGUACUACCGCUUCGGGGAGUCCACGUGGGACCUCUUCCUCUUCAUCGGAACGGGUGCGCUGGGUCCGCUGGGCUCCCUCCAGACCUUCCUUCUCGCCGUGGUCAGCAUGA